AUGCCAAGAAAAGCUACCAGCACCGCUGCUACCAAACGCAAAACUCCUACAUCAUCAAACCAAAAAGGAGCCAAAAAAAAGAAAAAAGAAGCCGAUGAUGAAGACGGCUCCCCAAAAGAUGAAAAGGUAGAAGAUAUCCAAGAAGAUGGAUCGUUUGUUAGUAUGAUUUUGAAACAUGAAAAACAUCCUAAACAUGAUGAGACGGUUGUUUUUUUUGAAAGAAAAAGAAAAGUUAGUUCUAGCUCCGAUGAUGAAAUUUUCUACAGUGUUCAUGGAAAAGACGCUAUAUUCAUUGACAAACAUUUCUCCAAUUAUGGAUCGUUUAAAUACCACGAGAAAAAGGGAGAGUGUGAUAAAGACCAUCCGUAUAUUGUGGGUGGUGUUCGACAUGCAGGUCUUCCCUAUCUAACAUUUAGACCAGCGUUAUAUGAACAGUUCGUAAAGGGCAUUCUUCUCGACCAUCGAAAAAAGCUUGAAAUAUGGGCCGACAGAAAAUCAAAUUAUGAAUGUAUCAAGUCCGCAUCUCCUGGAAAUCUCCAAAGUUUUGAAGAAAUUAUUUUCAAAUCAGACACAACACCUGGAAUCGUAUGCUCAAUUAUGAUCAAACAAGAUUCGAAUGAAAGAAGGGUUGGUAUUGCGUAUGCCAAUACCUCUCUGCGAGUUAUUGGUUUUUGCAGCUUUGCUGAUAAUAGUCAAUUAGCAGUAUUAGAUUCUGCUCUUGCUCAAAUGGAGGCAAAAGAAGGGUUAAUUUGUAUUUCCAAGAAUGAUAUCCUUUAUUCCAAAGUGCUAGAUAUUUUUGCAAGAACUGAUAUUAUGUGUACGGAGCUCAAGAGAAGUGCUUUCACUAGAAAACCUUCGUUGGAAGCUGAUAUUUGCAAAUUAACAGGAAAAAAUAAUGUUGAAAACCCAGAGUUCAAUGAUGAAUGUGUAGCAUGUGCUGCCCAAGCACUCAUUGAUUAUUUAGAAUUGGUAGAAGAUCCCCACAAUUAUUCGUAUUUCAAAACGAAAUCAUUUGUGGUACAAAAUUUUAUGAAGUUGGACAGCUCGUGCAUUGCCUCUCUCAAUUUGUUACCUAGCCCAAGUGAUCGAAAAAAGCACGAUAGUCUUUUUGGUUUGCUCAAUGAGUGUGUUACAAAACCUGGAUCUCGACUCCUUAGAGAAUGGAUUAGACAACCAUUGACUGACCAAAGUCAAAUUGAAAACAGACUUGAUAUGGUUGAAAUAUUUGUUGAAGAGCAUGAAUUAAGAGAAGAAAUAAGAGCUGCACUUAAAAAGAUCCCAGAUCUCGACAUUCUAUGCUCUAAGAUGGCCAAAUUUAAAAUUACAUGCGACGAUAUCAUGAAAUUGUAUGCAUGCGUACAGCAACUCCCUGUUAUCAAAGAAUCAUUAGAGAAAGUAAGAAACGAAAAAACUUUUAAUGAGGAGGGAAUAUUCUUUUCCGUGUUGUUGCAAUUAGAAGAUUUAUGCGCAGCCUUUAUUCCAAAAUUUCCAACUUUGGUUCAUACAUCCCUAGAUCUUGAAAAUGCUGCAGAUCAUAGUUACAGAUUAAAUCCCAAUCUUGAUGACAAUUUAAAAGAAAUUGCAGAAGAGCUUACAGAAUCUAUCAAACUCAUGGAUGAAGAAUGUAAACGGAUACAAGACGAGGAGGCAGUUAAAAAAGAUGAAUUGGUGUUAGUAUACACAAAAAAGGCUGUUCAUCUACAAGUUGGUGGAAAGGUAGCCAGCAAGUUUAACAAUAAUCAGAAUUAUAUUGCAUUGGGAGGAACAAAGCAACAGUUCAAAUUUAUCACUAGAAAUUUGAUGAGUCUGGCAGAAAAUUACAGACUUUGUCAAGAAAAAUAUGAUGCAUGUUCAGAUGCACUGAUGUAUCAAGUCAAAGGUACUAUUGGUUCCUAUUCUCAACAUUUUUCAGACCUCAGAGAUGCGUUAGCCGAACUUGACAUUUUUGCUGCAUUUGCCGACGUAUCUACAAAAUCUGCCAAACCUUAUGUUAGACCUAUUAUUAAGCCACUUGAUGCAGAAGAAGACGAAAUCUAUCUGAUAAACUGUAGACAUCCAUGUGUAGAGGUUCAAGACGGCAUUGAUUUUCAGAUGAAUAGUUGUCUAUUCGACAGAUCUUCAAAUCAGCUGCAUAUUAUAACUGGUCCGAAUAUGGGUGGUAAGAGCACUUAUAUCAGACAAGUGGCGAUUAAUGUUAUUUUAGCACAGAUAGGAUGUUUUAUUCCAGCUGAUGCAGGUAGUAUUGUGAGUAUAAGGGAUGCCAUUCUCUCCAGAGUAGGUGCCUCAGAUAGCACCAGUAGGGGCAUAAGUACAUUCAUGGCAGAGAUGUUGGAAACAUCUGCUAUAUUGUCAACAGCCACUAACAAGACGCUGAUUAUUAUUGACGAGUUGGGAAGAGGCACAUCUACAUAUGACGGGUUCGGCUUGGCAUAUGCGAUUGUAGAACAUUUAUCUAGAACAACAAAUGCUUAUACAUUGUUUGCAACACAUUUUCAUGAGCUAAAGGUGUUAACUGAAGAUCCAGAUUGUAAUAGAGUGUGUUGCAAGAGAAUGGAAUCUGUUUUGGAGGACGAACUAAAAAUGUUAUAUCGUGUCAUUGAUGACGACGAGACCAAUGUAAACAGUAAUAACAGUUUUGGUAUUGAAGUUGCUAAACUGGCCCACUUUCCUCCCGACAUUAUUAGAGUAGCUCAAAUGAAAUCCAAAGAAAUUGAAAGCAUUAUUAACAUGACAGAAACACCCAAUGCGCAACAAAACACCACCAAAGAAAGCAGUGAAGAAAGAGCCAAGAUGCAUCAAGCUCUCUGUAAAUUUGCCAACUUUGAUUUUUCAAACAAAUCUCUUGAAGAAAUCGCCCAAUUCCUCCAGACACAUUUUAAAAAGUAA